AUGGGAACAAUUAACUGUCGACAGGGGCAACAUGCCCAGGUGGCUCUUCCUAAUAAGCAGGGUAGCAACAUCCAGGGCCCCUGGGUCCGAGGCUGGAAGAGCCUCUGGUCAGGUGUGGGGACCAUCAGGUCAGGCCUGGAAGAACUGUGGGGACUACGGGGGCAUCAGUGCCAACAUCAGGAGCCAGCUUCACUGCUAGUAGAGAGGCCUCUGUCUGAGUGGCCAGUGCCUCAGUUCAUCAACCUCUUUCUGCCGGAGUUUCCCAUUAGGCCCCUUAGAGGGCAUCAGCAGCUGAAGGUUUUAGGCCUUGUGGCUAAAGGUUCCUUUGGAACUGUCUUCAAGGUGCUAGACUGUGGCCAGAAAGCAGUUUUUGCAGUGAAGGUGGUGCCCAAGGUCAAGGUCCUCCAGAAGGACAUCCUGAGGCAGUGCAAAGAGGAGGUUAGCAUCCAGCGACAGAUCAACCAUCCUUUUGUACAUGGUUUGGGAGACAGCUGGCAGGGAAAACGGCAUCUCUUCAUUAUGUGCAGCUACUGUAGCACAGAUCUGUACUCCCUGUGGUCCGCUGUUGGCUGCUUUGCUGAGGCUUCCAUCCGCCUCUUUGCUGCUGAACUGGUCCUGGUGCUGUGCUAUCUCCAUGACUUGGGCAUCAUCCAUCGGGAUGUGAAGAUGGAGAAUAUCCUCCUGGAUAAACGAGGUCAUCUGAAACUGACAGACUUUGGUCUGUCCCGCCACCUGCCCCAGGGAGCUCGAGCUUACACUAUUUGUGGCACUCUUCAAUACAUGGCCCCAGAGGUCUUAAGAGGAGGGCCUUACAACCAUGCUGCUGAUUGGUGGUCCCUGGGUGUUUUGCUUUUCUCUCUGGCAACUGGAGAGUUCCCAGUGGCCGCAGAGAGAGAUCAUGUGGCCAUGCUGGCAAGUGUGACCCACAAUGACUCUGAGAUCCCAGCUUCUCUUAACCAGGGGCUCUCACUUCUGCUCCACGAGCUCUUAUGCCAGAAUCCCCUCCAGCGUCUACAUCAUUUGCAUCGCUUCCAGGUCCACCCUUUCUUUCGGGGUGUGACCUUUGACCCAGAGCUCCUACAGAAACAGCCAGUGAACUUUGUCUUGGAGACUCAAGCUACCCAGCCUAGUCCAUCAGAGUCCAUGCUGUUCAAGGACUUUGACUGUAACCUGGAGUCCUAUCUGGUCUACCCUGGACUUGCUUGA